AUACGAGGGAGGCUAUUUAAAAUUGCAAUAAUUUUCCGCUUUAAGCAACUUUUUGUAUUUUUACUUUUUUCUUCGAUAUUUUUACUAAUUUCUGCGUCCUUACCAUUCGUCAGUAAUGGUUCAGAUGCAACAGUUGGACAAUUUCCUUCGCAAGUAACCGUGCGUAAUCUAUUCAAAGGACAUCCUGACAAUAACUAUGUGAUUUGUGGUGGAGCCAUUAUUACAGCUGAAAAAAUACUUUCGGCUGCUCAUUGUUUCAAGACAAAAAACGUAAUUACACGACCCAAGUACUUGCAAGUUGUAGUGGGAUCAACUGAUCUUUGGGAGGCCCGAGAUGAAUUGCGUUAUCGCAUACAAAAAUUAUUUGUUCACCCUCAGUACACCGAAGUCCCCAGUUAUUUUGACCUGGCCGUACUCAUUGUGGAGCGAAAAAUUGAAUUCAUAUCUCAUUUUGUGGAACCAAUAAAUUUGCCGACAACCAACCAUAUAUUUGUUCCUAGAGAGAAUGUCACGAUUGUCGGAUGGGGGAAGGUCCAUCCGAAUAGGAGGCUCUCAUCGAAAUUACAGUUUGCUGUCGUACAAGUGCAAAGUUAUGAGUCCUGUUUACACGUGCUACACCCUAACCCGGAAUUGAUGAUAUGUGCUGGUAGUAAGGGGACCCAAAGUACUAAAGGAGAUUCCGGGGGACCUUUAAUACAUAACAAUUCCCUGGUCGCUGUAGUAUCUUUCGGAGCAUCUGACCCUUCCAGUUACUAUCCGUCGACAUACAUCAAAGUGUACCCAGCAAAGAAAUGGAUUAAAAAUCCGAAGGAAACUUUUUAUGUAAGAUCGUGGUUGAAUAUUUAUGUUGGUUUCAUGAUUUCCUUGAUUUUGUAUAGUUGCUUGAUUAUUGGUAUAUUCAUUGUUAGAAGAGAUUUCUCGUUAUACGCUAGUCUCGCAUAUUCGAUAAAUUUCGAUGUUCAUUAAUAAUAGAUUCGAUUAUGAAAACC